AUGGCUCAACUCGAUACCCUCGACCUGGUCGUCCUGGUAGCUCUCUUGGUGGGUAGCAUCGCCUACUUCACCAAGGGAACCUACUGGGCUGUCCCCAAGGAUCCUUAUGCCUCCUCCGCCAACCUGAAUGGUGCCGCCAAGAGCGGUAAGACCCGCGAUAUCGUCGAGAAGAUGGAUGAGACGGGCAAGAACUGUGUCAUCUUCUAUGGCUCCCAAACCGGUACCGCUGAGGACUAUGCAUCCCGUCUCGCCAAGGAAGGUUCCCAGCGUUUUGGUCUCAAGACUAUGGUUGCCGACAUCGAGGACUACGAUUACGAGAACCUGGACAAAUUCCCCGAGGACAAGAUCGCUUUCUUCGUGCUCGCCACCUACGGCGAGGGCGAGCCCACCGAUAACGCGGUCGAGUUCUACCAGUUCCUCACCGGCGAGGACAUCGCUUUCGAGAGCGGUGCCACCGCCGACGACUCCCCGCUGUCCUCUCUCAAGUAUGUUGCUUUCGGUCUCGGUAACAACACCUACGAACACUACAACUCCAUGGUUCGCCAUGUUGAUGCCGCGCUCACUAAGCUGGGUGCUCAGCGCAUCGGCGCGGCGGGUGAGGGUGAUGAUGGUGCCGGUACUAUGGAGGAGGACUUCCUCGCCUGGAAGGAGCCUAUGUGGGCUGCCCUCACCGAUGCUAUGGAUCUUCAGGAACGCGAAGCUGUCUACGAACCCGUCUUUUCAGUCGAUGAGGAUGAGAUGACUACCCCUGAGGACGACUCGGUCUAUCUGGGAGAGCCCACUGCUGCCCACCGCGCCGGCCAGCCCAAAGGCCCUUACUCUGCUCACAACCCUUACAUUGCACCUAUUGGUGAAUCCCGCGAACUGUUUACUGUUAAGGACCGCAACUGCCUCCAUAUGGAAAUUGACAUCGCUGGUAGCAACCUCAGCUACCAGACUGGUGAUCACAUCGCUAUCUGGCCCACCAACGCCGGUGCCGAGGUCGACCGUUUCCUGCAGGUGUUUGGUCUUGAGGACAAGCGUAACUCAGUGAUCAAUGUCAAGGGCAUUGAUGUUACUGCCAAGGUUCCCAUCCCGACCCCGACCACCUACGAUGUUGCCGCCCGUUACUACGUGGAAGUUUGCGCCCCCGUCUCCCGCCAAUUCGUCUCCUCUCUCGCUGCUUUCGCCCCCGAUGAGGCGAGCAAGACUGAGAUCGUCCGCCUCGGUAAUGACAAGGAUUAUUUCCACGAGAAGAUCAGCAACCAGUGCUACAAUAUCGCCCAGGCGCUCCAGAGCAUAACCUCCAAGCCCUUCACCGCCGUCCCGUUCUCUCUGCUCAUUGAGGGCCUCAACAAGCUCCAGCCCCGGUACUACUCCAUUUCUUCCUCGUCUCUGGUUCAGAAGGAUAAGAUCAGCAUCACUGCUGUUGUCGAGUCCGUUCGCCUACCCGGUGCUUCGCACAUGGUCAAGGGUGUCACCACCAACUACCUGCUGGCCCUGAAGCAGAAGCAGAAUGGCGACCCCUCCCCCGAUCCCCACGGCCUUACCUACUCUAUCACCGGUCCUCGUAACAAGUACGAUGGUAUCCACGUUCCCGUUCAUGUGCGCCACUCCAACUUCAAGCUGCCCUCCGAUCCCACCAAGCCUAUCAUCAUGGUUGGCCCCGGUACUGGUGUUGCUCCCUUCCGUGGUUUUAUCCAGGAGCGUGCGGCUCUGGCUGCUAAGGGAGAGAAGGUUGGAACUACUCUCCUGUUCUUUGGAUGCCGUAAGAGCGACGAGGACUUCAUCUACCAGGACGAAUUCAAGACCUACCAAGAACAAAUGGGCGACUCCCUGAAGAUCAUCACUGCUUUCUCCCGUGAGGGCGCUCAGAAGGUCUACGUCCAACAUCGCCUGAAGGAGAAUGCCCCACUUGUCAGUGAGCUGCUGAAGCAGAAGGCCAACUUCUACGUUUGCGGUGACGCCGCCAACAUGGCCCGGGAGGUCAACUUGGUGCUGGGACACAUCAUCGCUGAGCAGCGCGGUAUGCCGGCUGAGCGCGGCGAGGAGAUGGUCAAGCACAUGCGGAGUAGCGGCAGCUACCAGGAGGAUGUUUGGUCAUGA